GAACAGAGUGUCCUGAAAUCACCAGAAGAAGAGCCUUAACCUGAAGGUCCAGCACAUUAUUUACACUGAAGGAGCUCGUGUGUGUGGACUAGAAAGCGCUGACAGCUCAAAUGGAUCCUGUGGAACUGAGCAAUGUCAACAUUGAACCUGAUGAUGAGAGCAGUAGCGGAGAAAGUGUUCAAGACAGCUACACCGGGCUGGGGAUGUCAGAGAAGGCAGCCAUGAGCAGUCAAUUCGCUAAUGAAGAUGCUGAAAGUCAGAAAUUCCUAACAAAUGGAUUUUUGGGAAAAAAGAAGCUGGCAGAGUAUGGUGAUGAAUAUCAUCCUGGAACCACCUCCUUCGGAAUGUCUUCAUUCAAUCUAAGUAAUGCCAUCAUGGGCAGUGGAAUCUUGGGCUUAUCAUAUGCCAUGGCCAACACAGGAAUCAUAUUAUUUAUAAUCAUGUUGCUUGCUGUAGCAAUACUAUCACUCUAUUCAGUGCAUCUGCUGUUAAAAACAUCCAAGGAAGGAGGUUCUUUAAUUUAUGAAAAAUUAGGGGAAAAGGCAUUUGGAUGGCCUGGAAAAAUUGGAGCUUUUGUGUCUAUAACAAUGCAGAAUAUUGGAGCAAUGUCAAGCUACCUCUUUAUCAUUAAAUAUGAACUACCUGAAGUAAUCAGAGCAUUCAUGGGACUUGAAGAAAAUACUGGAGAAUGGUACCUCAAUGGCAACUACCUCGUCAUAUUUGUGUCUGUAGGAAUUAUUCUUCCACUUUCUCUUCUCAAAAAUUUAGGUUACCUUGGUUAUACCAGUGGAUUUUCCCUUACCUGCAUGGUGUUUUUUGUCAGUGUGGUGAUCUACAAGAAAUUCCAAAUACCCUGCCCUCUGCCUCUUGUGGAUCACAGUGUCGGAAAUCUAACAUUCAACAAUACGUAUCCAAUGCAUGUGAUCGCCCUACCCAACAACUCCGACAGUGCUGGGGUGAACUUCAUGAUGGAUUACACUCACCGGAACCCUGCGGCGCUGGAUGAGAAACAGGCCAAGGGCUCUCUCCAUGGCAGUGGAGUUGAGUAUGAAGCCCACAAUGAUGACAAAUGCCAACCAAAAUAUUUUGCAUUCAACUCUCGGACGGCCUAUGCAAUUCCAAUCCUAGCAUUUGCCUUCGUAUGCCACCCUGAGGUUCUUCCCAUCUACAGUGAACUUAAAGAUCGGUCUCGGAGGAAAAUGCAAACAGUGUCAAAUAUCUCCAUCACUGGGAUGCUUAUCAUGUACUUGCUUGCUGCCCUCUUCGGUUAUCUCACCUUCUACGGUGAAGUUGAAGAUGAAUUACUUCAUGCUUACAGCAAAGUGUACACAUUUGACACUCCUCUCCUGAUGGUACGCGUGGCAGUGCUUGUGGCGGUUACACUAACUGUGCCCAUCGUUCUGUUCCCAAUCCGCACAUCAGUGACCACACUGCUAUUUCCCAAAAGACCCUUCAGCUGGAUAAGACAUUUCUUCAUCGCAGCCAUCAUUAUUGCACUUAAUAAUGUUCUGGUCAUACUUGUACCAACAAUAAAAUACAUCUUUGGAUUCAUAGGGGCUUCUUCUGCCACCAUGCUGAUAUUUAUCCUCCCAGCUGCUUUUUAUCUUAGACUUGUCAAGAAAGAACCUCUUAGGUCACCUCAAAAGAUUGGGGCUAUAAUUUUCCUGGUGAUUGGAAUCAUUUUCAUGAUUGGAAGUAUGGCACUCAUAAUAAUUGACUGGAUAUACAAUCCUCCAUAUUCCAAGCAUCAUUAACCAAGAGAGAGAAAAAAAACACCUUUUUUUUCCCUACUGGAAAUGUUUGCAAGUUAUGCUCCAAAAGAUGUUUAUCUUGAUUGGAAUGUUAUUCUUAGGAAGUAACAGGAAGAUUCCAAAGACAUUUACCAGUAAUAUCACCAGACACCUUCAGAAAAGAAAACCAUUGUGGUUUUAGUUUGUUUUCAAUAAAUAAUAGCUGUUUAGGUGUUAAAAAUCUGUGGUGCACAUUUCUACCCAGGCUUUACCAUUUUACUGAAGUGGUGUAGGAGAUGAUCAAGGUAUGUGUUUGCUACCGUACAAGCAGAAUAAGGGUAGCUGCAUGGAAUGGUCAUUAGAUAAUCCCUACCCAGCACCCCCAAAAAAGUACUAUGUACUUAUAUUCUCAAAGCAUCAAAUAAAAAGACCCUGGUAGCAAAGCUAUCACCA